ACUAGCGCCCAAGCAGCAGUUGCAGCAGCCGUUCCUCCUAUUAGACUCACAAUGGCAUCCAUGGACUUUUACUACUGGCCAGGCAGUGCUCCUUGCAUGGCAGUUCAAAUGGUGGCUCAGGAUAUAGGUGUGAAGCUGAACAUAAAGUUCACCAAUCUUCGAGCAGGUGACCAUCUGAAACCAGAGUUUUUGAAAAUGAAUCCUCAACAUACAGUCCCAACAUUAAAUGAUAAUGGUUUCUGUCUUUCAGAGAGCCAUGUUAUUAUUGCAUACUUGGUGGAUCAGUAUGCAAAAGAUGACUCUCUGUAUCCUAAAGAUGCUAAGAAACGGGCUCUAGUGAACCAGCGACUCUUCUUUAAUGUGUCAACACUUUAUGGACGUUUUUCUGCAUAUUAUUAUCCUGUAAUGUUCUGGGGAGCAAAACAAUUUGAUCCUGUGAAACUAAAGGAAUUGGAGACAGCCUAUGAAUUCUUGAAUACAUUUCUUGAGGGACAGCAGUGGGUAGCUGGUACAUCAAUGACCAUUGCUGAUUAUGCAAUUUUGACAUCAGUUAGUACUGCAGAUGCUGUUGGUUUUAACAUCAAGAAAUAUCCUAAUGUUGAUGCAUGGUUCAAACGAGCAAAGACAGCAGUGAAGUCAUAUGAAGAAAAUUAUCGUCAACACGUUAUGCUAUUUAAGAAACAAUAUGAUGAUGCCACUGGCAAGAAGUAGCUUGGUGGAAACUGUUCAUCGAAUCACUAACAUAUCAUCUACAAUCAUUCAGCUUUUGCAUCAUAUUUUUCAUUUUAUUUAAAUAUCACUGUUACAUAGCUAACAUUCUUACUGAAAGCAAAUAUAUUGAGAAACAGCUGCAAUGUGUGUUUCAUUUAUGUAACUAACUGUCUUAUUAAACAAUAAAUUAUUUUGCAAUGUAAAUGCAAUUAGAUGUAAAUAAAUAUAUAGUGUAUAUACAUCUUA